CAAGGUGCUAAAACUUAUAUCGUGUGAUUUUUUAGAGAGUAGAGUACUGUACUUUGGAGAAACAACAGCUGGGUUUUUGCGGUUGUCGUUGAGGGUUAAGUUUAGUUAAGCGUGCUUCCAACUCAACAGUAGAAUGAAGAAAUUGAAUUAUGAAUCUCAGCAAACUUUGAUGGAUGAAGAGGUUCUGCAAAAGGCAGUUGCAGAGCAAACUUCAAAGGCUGGGAAAACUGCCACGGCGGGGCGAAUAGACUUUGAUGCAGUCCCUCAUAUACGUCUGGAAUACAAAAACAUCCAGUGGAUUGACCACUUAUGGGACUUCACAUCCUUGGCCAGGCUUGAUUUGAACAACAACCUCAUAGAGAAGAUUGAGGGCCUGGACCGUCUAAUUAAUCUGACGUGGCUUGAUCUGUCAUUCAACAAAAUAGAGAAAAUUGAGGGUCUGGAGUCUCUCCAGAAGCUUGAAUUGCUGAAUUUGUCCAACAACAGAAUCUCUGUCAUUAAAAACAUGGAUAAACUUGAGACACUCAGUCAUUUCCUCAUUGCAAACAACCUCCUCGGACAGCUGGACAACGUACUCUAUCUCAGGAAAUUUAAGAACCUGUUCACCCUCAACCUAUCUGGAAAUCCUGUCUCUAAGGAGGAUGAUUACAAAUUUUUUAUUGCUGCCUACUUUCCAAACUUGAUGUACCUAGACUACAGACUACUUAGUGAUGAGACAAAAAAAGAAGCAUCUAGCAAAUACCACUAUGUCCUUGUGAAAAUGAGACAUGAAGAGCUGCAGAGACAACAAGCACAUGCUGCUGAGCAAAGCCAGAAAGCUGAACUUCAGUUACACAAAGAUGCCUUUGUGGAGUCCCUCAAUGGGUCUUAUCUGUUUGAGAGCAUGUUCAAAGAUGAUCCAGAGGCAGAGACACUACACUGCAUAAGAGAAGUGGCUUGUUUGCUUCAAACAUUUGAGCACCAGAUGGUGGAUCUGUGUAUGCAGUUGUUUGAAAUAGGCUUGGCUGAUCAUAAACGAAGAGAGACAGAGGUGAACUACUUCUUCAGAGGUCAGACUAGGGCUUUGACAGACUACCAGCAGAAAGUAUCACAGACAUUGGCAGAUUUUGAGCAGCAACACAAAGAGAGGAUAGUGGAGUUGCAGCAGUUAUCAGACCCAGAUGUAGUGAAAGUCAAGAUUAGCCACUACAAUGAUGAAAUCAGCAAGCUCAGUAACAGCCUCAUGUCACUGGAGUUUCAGAUGGUCAGCCAGUUGGAGGACAUCAUCAAAAAGUUGGACAUCAACAUCUCAGAAAUGGUUGCCAACUUCAGUGAAACUAUUCAAGGGAUGUUUGCCCAGUGUCGAGAUCUGGAGGAUAAUUAUAAUCAGAAUGUGCGAAAGAUUGCUGUUGCAACUCUGGAGAAAGUGGCCAAGGAUGACCUGGAUGACGACAUACCGGAUGAUGUUAGAAGUCUGUUUACAGACAAAGACACUGUGAUGGAUGCACUGUCCACCGGCCAUGAUAACCACCUGCUGAAGAUCAAUAACCGAGAGAAUGAGCUAGUUACAGGUGUCAAUGCCUGGAAAGUAGCCCUCAUUAAAGGGAUUCAAGACAAAGAACUUAAGCGAAACCGCAUGCACCUCUCGGACGUCCACAGAUAUGUGGACCAUUUGAGGGAGCAGCUGGAGGAGUGUCUGUAGCAUGAUCUUUGAGACAACUGAGUCCACAAACAUGAAUUUUAUUCAAGUAAUUGGUAAAGAAAAAAAGGAACAGGAUAUUUUCACAACCU